UCACACUACUUCCCGUGACGUCACGAAACCAAUUGUUUUUUCCCGAGUUUAUGAGUCACAAGGCGAAAUCUCUUGUUUUCAUUAGUAAUUUACCUGCCAAAGGUGACGUUCAGAAUGUUCUCCAGCGGCCCCAACUACAACAAGCUGAAGACCAAUCUUCGAUUGGCUCUUAACCGCCUCAAAUUGCUGGAAAAGAAGAAGGCGGAGUUGACGCAAAAAUCGAGGAAGGAGAUUGCCGACUACUUGGCCACGGGCAAGACGGAGAGGGCUCGCAUUCGUGUAGAGCACAUUAUAAGGGAGGACUACCUGGUGGAAGCCAUGGAAAUGGUGGAAAUGUACUGCGACCUGUUGCUCGCCCGCUUCGGACUCAUCACGCAAAUGAAAGAGCUGGACACAGGCAUUGCCGAGCCGGUGGCCAGCCUGGUGUGGGUGUGUCCCCGCCUCCAGAGCGACAUUGCCGAGCUAAAGGUCAUUUCGGACAUCUUUGUGAGCAAAUACGGGCCGGAGUUCGCCGAGCAUUCGCGCACUGCCACGGGAGAGCAUUUCGUUUCGGAGAAACUGAUGCACAAGCUCACGCUGCAGGCGCCCCCGAAGCUGCUGGUGGAGAAGUACCUCAUAGCCAUAGCCAAGAACUACAACAUCGAGUAUGAGCCAGAUCCACAGGUCAUGCAGGAGGAUCAGCCGCCACAGCAGCACCUGAUUGAUCUGUCCGAUAAGAAUAACCUGAGUGGAGGACCCGGAGGCAUGCCGCCGCCGCAGAUGGGUUUUAUAGGAUAUCCACAGGUGCCGCCGUUGCCCCAAAUGCCGGAGCCGCCCAGCAACAAGCCGUUUAACUAUCCACCUUUCGGAGGAGGUGGUGGUGGUGGAGGAGGGGGAGCCUGUGCUGUCCCUCCACCCACGCAGCAGCCACCACCGCCGUUUGCCUACAACAUACCGCCGCAUCAGCCGGCGUCGCCUGCUGUGUUGCCUCCUAAAUGCUCAGAGGAGAAGGAUCUAAACACCAACUUUAUCAAUCGUGAAUCGAACACUACGGAUGACUCCGGCAGCCCGGAUGAGAACAUCUUGCGCCCCAAACCCGAUAAUGAUCCGCCGCCGCGUUACACCUCGAUUAAUCCUGUAAACCUGCAGAAUGCCAACAAACCGAAACCUCAACCUCGAUCCAAGCUGCCGCCGGGAAAUCCGCCUGCCCAGCAGCCCAGUGCUCCGCCGGCUUCCUUGGACUUCCCAUCGCUGCCUAAUGUACCCAACGAUUUGCCGGAUGUCCCAUCAGCGGGUGUGGAAAAGAAGAAGGACGACGACGAUGAGAUUGAUUUCGAUGAGUUGUCCCGUCGCUUUGAGAACCUCAAGAAGCGGAAGUAAAGCGGAGGAAAUUCCUUCCAUAAGCUAUAUAUUUUAUACAAAUAAUCUCCGUUCUGUUCUAUAUAAAUAAUAUCCAUAGAUUUGUAUGUCAGGGAACUUUUAGCAAGCAUAUAUCCUCCCCUUAAAUUGUUAUAUUCUCUUUUUUCUAUAUGAAAAAUUAAGUUUUUGAUUGUUAAAACCGUAUUGCUACUUUAAAUAUAAUUUUGGAAAAGUUUAAAUUAUCAAAACUAUAAAAACAUCAAUUAAAAAUCAACAGAAA